CGUCCUGCGCUCCGCCGCCCAGCCGCCGCGCGGCCCCACACCGCGACCUUGGAGCGGUUCCCGGGGGCCGGCUGUGCGCCCCGCCGGGCUGCGGGCGCCCCCGGGAGGCGGCGGGGAGCACAGUCCCGCGGGCCGGGCGUGGUGGGCGGCGGGGCGGCGGGCGGCAUGGCGGGGGCGCUGCUGGCGCUGGGCGCGCUGGGCGCGCUGGGGGCGCUGGGGGCGCGGGGACACCCCCAGUGCCUGGACUUCAGGCCGCCCUUCCGGCCGCCGCGCCCGCUGCGCUUCUGCGCGCAGUACUCGGCCUUCGGCUGCUGCGGGGCGGAGCGGGACGCGGCGCUGGCCCGGCGCUUCGCGGCCCUGGCGGCGCGGGUGGACGCGGGCGAGUGGGCGGCCUGCGCGGGCUACGCGCUCGACCUGCUGUGCCAGGAGUGCUCGCCCUACGCAGCCCACCUGUACGAUGCGGAGGACCCCGCCACACCCCUGCGCACGCUGCCCGGGCUCUGCCAGGACUACUGUCGCGACCUGUGGCUCACCUGCCGCGGCCUGCUGGGCCACCUGUCUCCGGAGGCCGCGCUCGGGCCGCUGCUGGACGACCCGGCCAGGCUGUGCGGGGCGCUGGCCCUGGCGGACGCGGACUACUGCUUCCCGCGCCUGCUGGUCAGCGAGCGGCUCAACGCGGGGCUGGGCCAGGUGCGCGCCGACCCCCGCGGCUGCCUGCAGCUCUGCCUGGAGGAGGCGGCCCACGGGCUGCGCAACCCGGUGGCCCUGGUGCACGCCCGGGACGGCACCCACCGCUUCUUCGUGGCCGAGCAGCUGGGGCUGGUGUGGGCCUACCUGCCCGACCGCUCGCGGCUGGAGCGACCCUUCCUCAACCUCAGCCGGGCCGUGCUCACCUCGCCCUGGGAGGGCGACGAGCGCGGCUUCCUGGGCCUCGCCUUCCACCCCGGCUUCGGGCGCAACGGCCGCGUCUUCGUGUACUACUCGGUGGGGCUGGGCCUGGAAGAGUGGAUCCGAGUCAGCGAGUUCCGGGUGUCCGAGGACGACGCCAACGCGGUGGACCACAGCUCCGAGAGGAUAAUCCUGGAGAUCGAGGAGCCAGCCUCCAACCACAACGGCGGCCAGCUGCUCUUUGGACCAGAUGGCUACCUGUACGUCUUCACGGGAGAUGGCGGGAUGGCCGGAGACCCCUUUGGGAAGUUCGGCAAUGCCCAGAACAAGUCAGCGCUGCUGGGCAAGGUGCUGCGGUUGGACGUGAGCAGCCCCGAGGGCGGCCCACCCUACCGCAUCCCACCUGACAACCCGUUCGUGGGGGACCCCGAAGCGCGCCCCGAGGUGUUCGCGCUUGGUGUGCGUAACAUGUGGCGAUGCUCCUUUGACCGUGGGGACCCGGCGACGGGCGUGGGCCACGGGCGCCUCUUCUGUGGCGACGUGGGGCAGAACCGGUUCGAGGAGGUGGACCUGGUGCGGCGAGGCCGUAACUACGGCUGGAGGGCCCGCGAGGGUUUCGAGUGCUACGACCACAAGCUGUGCGCCAACGCCUCGCUGGAGGAUGAGCUGCCCAUCUUCGCCUACCCCCACAAGCUGGGCAAGUCGGUCACAGGGGGCUACGUGUACCGGGGCUGUGAGAACCCCAACCUGAAUGGACUCUACAUUUUUGGAGAUUUCAUGAGUGGGCGACUGAUGUCCCUCCGGGAGGAGCCGGAAACGGGCCAGUGGCGCUACAGUGAGGUGUGCAUGGGACGCGGGCAGACCUGUGCCUUCCCCGGCCUCAUCAACCACCACCACCCGCAUAUCAUCUCCUUCGGGGAGGACGAGGCAGGGGAGCUGUACUUCCUGUCCACGGCGGAACCUAGUGCCACGGCGCCACGCGGGGUAGUCUACAAGGUGAUCGACCCUUCCAGGCGGGCACCACCUGGCAAGUGUCAGAUCCAUCCAGUCCAGCUAACAGUGAAGAGCCGCCUCACCCCGUUCGUCCCCAAAGAAAGGUUCAUCCGGAGGCCCGAGAGCACCCCGCGCCCCCCCACCGCGGCGCCCCGCCGCCCCCCAGCGCGCGCGCCCACCCGGGCGCCCCGCCGCCCCACGGCCGCGCCGCGCGCGCCCACCCCGCGCCCCACCCCGCGCCCCACGCGGCGACCCGGGGGCCGAAGGGGCGGCGGCGGGCGGCGGCGGGGGCGGCCCGGCCCGCGGGACCCCGCGCCCCCCGAGGGCUCCGUGCGCCUGGCGCGCCCCCCGGGCCUGAGCCCCGGCCGCGGCCGCGUGGAGGUGUUCGCGGGCGGCCGCUGGGGCACCGUGUGCGACGACGCGUGGGACAGCCGGGCGGCCGGCGUGGUGUGUCGCCAGCUGGGCUUCGCACACGCCGUGCGGGCCGCCAAGCGCGCCGAGUUCGGGGAGGGCCGCGCGCUGCCCAUCCUGCUGGACGACGUGCGCUGCGCGGGCGGGGAGCGCCGCCUGCUCGAGUGCGCGCACGCCGGGCUGGGCCGCCACAACUGCGGCCACCAGGAGGACGCGGGCGUCGUGUGCAGCCACCGCGCCCCCGAGGCCUAGGGCGCCCCGCGUGUGCUCGCCCCCGGGCGCGGCGGACGGACGGGGGCUGGGGCUGGGACGGGGGGCUGCCUGCGCCCCUGCAGCCGAGGGCGCGGCCGGAGACCCGGGGCUGGAGGGCGCUGGAGGGCGU